UCGAAAUAAUCGGAACGUUGUCAAUCUUUCAUGUCACUCAACCUCUUCAUCCAUUAGAUGCAACGUCUUGAAAAGUAGAUUUUUCAUGGAUAUAUUACGACCUCCGCUCCUGUGGAUCGACGGGAUUUGCUAUCGCCAAUAUGGUUUGAAUAGAGAAACAACUUCAGGCCAUGGAGGCGAUACUGCCGAUGUGUUCGACGAGGAUGACUCCAAUUUCAACUUGGACGAAGAUUUCAACAACCCUGAAGCCGACUCAUUACUUCUAGAAACCUUGGACAAUGGGAAAUUCAAGUACUCGGGACACUUGCCCAGCGUCUUCUUUCCCUACAUCAUAGGUAAAAAAGCUGCUACCAAAAAGCGAUUGGAAAUGGAGACUAACACCAAAAUAACAAUACCUCGUCAAGGCCAGGAAGGGAAUGUGACUGUGAUCGGACCCGAAAAGCGCGGUGUGACUCGGGCUUGGAAUCGCAUUUUGAUCAUUGCCGAAUCGUCACGUUCAAAGCAAGAUUUCACGCAUUUCAUAUCGCUGCCUUUGACCCAUCCCGAGUUAAAAGCCUCGUUUGUUGAGUUAAAGCGAGACAUUCUACGCGAAUGUAGCGAUGCCAGAGGCAUAGACGAGUCCUUAUUUCAAGCUCCUGAGAUGCUUCAUUUGACCAUUGGAGUCAUGGCUCUUAUGGAUGCUCAAGAACGACAAAAUGCCAUAGAUCUACUCGAAGAUUGUAAGGAGACAAUUUAUGCCCCUAUCUAUGGCAACAAUCCUAUUGAUCUUGAGAUAAAAGGAUUAGAGAUCAUGAACGAUGAUCCAAGCGAUGUCAACGUAUUGUACGCCAAAGUUGGUUCAGGUUUGGAGAAGCUUCAACAAUUAGCAGACAAACUUGUGGAUUGUUUUAUUGAUGCUGGUUUAAUGUCUCGUAAGUAUGACCAAGUCAAGAUUCACAUGACUAUUAUGAACUCGAGUUACCGAUCUAAUGAUCAUGUCGAGUUUAUGGAUAAAAAUCAAGACUCAUCAAGGGAUCAACAAAGCUUCGAUGCUCGACCUAUAAUGAAAAAAUAUGGUGACAAUUUCUUCGCCCAUGUUAAAGUCAACGAGAUCCAUUUGAGUCAGUUGCGAUCAGAACGGCGAACAAGUGAUAAUUAUUACAUGCCGUCGGUUGUCAUUCCAUUGGUAUGUUGCUAAUGAAAUACAUGAAAUGAACCUUAAAAUUG